CCUUAUAUAAGCCCCCCUGGGGGAGGCACAAACACAGCUUGUUAGAGCUGAGCUGCCCAACUGCAGCAGCUGCCGGCCCCUAGGACAGAGCAGGGACCUCAACUACACUGAUCACCAGCUCCAUCGGAUCCAGACCCAGCCACCAGCUCUGGCUCAUCUUGCCCCAGUGCCAUGACCUUCUCGGAGAUCCUGGACCGUGUGGGAAGCAUGGGCCGUUUCCAGUUCCUGCAUGUAGCCAUACUGGGCCUCCCGAUCCUCAACAUGGCCAACCACAACCUGCUGCAGAUCUUCACAGCUGCCACCCCUGUCCACCACUGCCGCCCGCCCCCCAAUGCCUCCACAGGGCCUUGGGUGCUCCCCAUGGGCCCAAAUGGGAAGCCUGAGCGGUGCCUCCGUUUUGUACAUCCACCCAAUGCCAGCCUGCCCAAUGAAACCCAGAGGGCCACGGAGCCAUGCCUGGAUGGCUGGGUCUACAACAGCACCAAGGACUCCAUUGUGACAGAGUGGGACUUGGUGUGCAACUCCAACAAACUGAAGGAGAUGGCCCAGUCUAUCUUCAUGGCAGGUAUACUGAUUGGAGGGCUCGUGCUUGGAGACCUGUCUGACAGGUUUGGCCGCAGGCCCAUCCUGACCUGCAGCUACCUGCUGCUGGCAGCCAGCGGCUCCGGUGCAGCCUUCAGCCCCACCUUCCCCAUCUACAUGGUCUUCCGCUUCCUGUGUGGCUUUGGCAUCUCAGGCAUUACCCUGAGCACCGUCAUCUUGAAUGUGGAAUGGGUGCCUACCCGGAUGCGGGCCAUCAUGUCGACAGCACUCGGGUACUGCUACACCUUUGGCCAGUUCAUUCUGCCCGGCCUGGCCUACGCCAUCCCCCAGUGGCGUUGGCUGCAGUUAACUGUGUCCAUUCCCUUCUUCAUCUUCUUCCUAUCAUCCUGGUGGACACCAGAGUCCAUACGCUGGUUGGUCUUGUCUGGAAAGUCCUCAAAGGCCCUGAAGAUACUCCGGCGGGUGGCUGCCUUCAAUGGCAAGAAGGAAGAGGGAGAAAGGCUCAGCUUGGAGGAGCUCAAACUCAACCUGCAGAAGGAGAUCGCCUUGGCCAAGGCCAAGUACACCGCAAGUGACCUGUUCCGGAUACCCAUGCUGCGCCGCAUGACCUUCUGUCUUUCCCUGGCCUGGUUUGCUACCGGUUUUGCCUACUAUAGUUUGGCUAUGGGUGUGGAAGAAUUUGGAGUCAACCUCUACAUCCUCCAGAUCAUCUUUGGUGGGGUCGAUGUCCCAGCCAAGUUCAUCACCAUCCUCUCCUUAAGCUAUCUGGGCCGGCAUACCACUCAGGCCGCUGCCCUGCUCCUGGCAGGAGGGGCCAUCUUGGCUCUCACCUUUGUGCCCUUGGACUUGCAGACCGUGAGGACAGUAUUGGCUGUGUUUGGGAAGGGAUGCCUAUCCAGCUCCUUCAGCUGCCUCUUCCUCUACACAAGUGAAUUAUACCCCACAGUCAUCAGGCAAACAGGUAUGGGCGUAAGUAACCUGUGGACCCGCGUGGGAAGCAUGUUGUCCCCACUGGUGAAAAUCACGGGUGAGGUACAGCCCUUCAUCCCCAAUAUCAUCUACGGGAUCACCGCCCUCCUCGGGGGCAGUGCUGCCCUCUUCCUGCCUGAGACCCUGAAUCAGCCCUUGCCAGAGACUAUCGAAGACCUGGAAAACUGGUCCCUGCGGGCAAAGAAGCCAAAGCAGGAGCCAGAGGUGGAAAAGGCCUCCCAGAGGAUCCCUCUGCAGCCUCACGGACCAGGCCUGGGCUCCAGCUGAGGACAACGGAACCCCCUUUCCCUGCCCUCCAGAGACUGAUCCUAGCCAGGCACCUUAGGAGUACAGGGAGGCCCCAGAUAGGUCCAUCCUCAUAGGAUGAAGCCUUCUGAGAGCUUGGUGAAGGUGUCUCCACCACCACCACCAGAGCCUCCUGCCCAGCCCUGGCCAGUUCAAAGUUUCAGCCAUCGACCUUUCCAUACCCAACCCUGCCCUUGUUCUCCCUGCAACCCAGGCCCUGCCAUUCUUCUGUCUAGCCCUUCCCCACUGGCCACCUUCCCCCCACUGGCCCGGUCCUCUUCCCCUGAGGUCCCCUGAUAUCCCCUGGCUCAGUUCUAACAAGACUGAGUCUUAACAAGAUGAGAAGUCCUCCCCUUCUUGCCUCCCACACUUUUCUUUGACGGGAGGUUUCAAUAAACAGCGAUAAGAACUCAA